AUGGGGACGUUGAAGCGCAAGUUCGCAAGAGGGAGCUCAGUGUUGCCAAACCUGCAGACUCUGUAUGCACUGUUGCAGUGCAGCCCUGAUUUGUGUAGGGUUCAUUGCGAUGGUUGCUUGGGGGAAUGCAUUAAUGAUUAUCAAAAUUGUUGCCAUGGAAGACUAGGUAGGACUGUUGAGAAGCCUAGCUGCCUUUUCCAAUGGGACUUGUACCAGUUUCUAGAGUCUGAUCCUGGCAAUCCGCCACCAUCUCCGCCAACUGCAGCCGCCAAGACUGACCCUCCUGCUCCUCCGCCUCCAGAUGCGCAAUUAACCGAUGGUAAUACGUCGAAGUCAUUACACAUAGACAUUGCUGCGGUAGGUUUGACAGUUCUCUUCCUGAUGGGCAAGCUUGAAAAUGGACGAUAUGUAGGUGUGAAGAGGCUUGAAGGGUGUUCUAAUCAAGGUCAACAACAGUUUAAGAAUGAGGCCACUGUGAUGGCCAGGCUUCAUCACAAAAAUUCUGAUUAA